AUGCAAUUCACUGUCCGGGAUCGCCUCGCGGGAGUGACGGAGGAACACACAACCGCGCUUUCGCGAGCAUCUGGGAAAUUCGGAUUCAACUCGCCAGAUUACCAAAAUCUUACCCGUUUGUACUGCAUGAACUGCGGACAUCAUCUCCAAACCCUCCCAGAUGGGACAGUGGGUGGAACGAGGGAUGAAAAAAUUGCUGUGAGCCCUGGAGUGGUCGUCAUGGAAGCAGCACAUUUUCUGUCUCUGAGUAAGGAUGAACUUUAUGGCUCGGUGAGUGUUACAGAUAAAAGUUACUUUUUGGAGAACAAGGUGGAGAAUCACUACAACACAUACCAGUCCCAAACAAAUGGCCAAAACUGGUAUACCAGAAUGAAGAACCGGAACAAAAAUGACUCAAGGACCCAUGCUGGACAUAGGGCUAUUUUUUUUUCUUUCCUGGACAGUUGGACCAAGCAGACAACCCGAGUCCAAGCUAACGGAUGUUGCGUGUUUCAGUGUUGACUGCGUGUUUGAAUGUUGACUGCGCUACUGCAAAAACUUCACUAACCCCAUCCACACCAAACGUAGAUCACUCACUAAAUGUUACACUGAUGGCUCAUCUUACGCGAAGAGUGAAAGGGA